AACAUUGUUAAUAUCUCCCCGCCUGUCACAGAUGAUCGCCGGACGGACACCCCUCCAAUCGUUUGAAAGCACAACCACUCGACUUUGCUUUGGACGUGGGCGAUACCAAAACACAACGUACCUCAUGUAUUUACAAUAUUUAAAAAAAUUGACUGAAACUUAACGGCUUACAUUAUUUAUUAGCAGAUAAUAGUGUUCUGUGAAUAACAGUGACAUUCGGUGGUGAAAAUAUCAAAUUGGAUUGUGUUUAAAUAUUGAUAUUAUUGAGUUUUCGUGAAAAUGACGGCCUCUACGAUGAUUGAACUGGAAUCCUGGAUUAUCUACCAGUGUGUCCUGAACGAGUGCCAUGUGUCUAGCUCAAUGGACGGCGGCGCGUGGUGCGCCCGCGACAUAUCGCUGCGCGCGCAGAAGAAGUUCCUGUCGCGCGUCGGCGGCUCCGCCAGCGCGCGCGCACUCGUGCUAGACGAGCAUGCUGCCAAGCUCCUCGACCAGUUCCUGUGCGUGCUGCGGUCGCGCGUGGAGAAGCGCGAAGCGGAGAAGAUGGUGAAGCACGUGAUCAAAGCGGCGGUGAAGCUCGGCGUGCUGCGGCGGCACUCUCAGCUGCUGUCCGCCGAUGACCGCGCGCUCGACGCCUUCCGGGCCAAGUUCCACACCGUGCUAAUGGCGGUGGUAUCUUUCUGCGAAGUUGAGUUCUCCUACGAUCGGGAGUUCCUUCAGGACGCCCUCCGUGAGUCGCAUCAAUCGCUAAAAUCCGUGGUGGAACGCCACCUCUCCGACAAGUCCGUGUCUCGGCUCGCGGGGGUAUUCGCACUCGUCUCCCGCGCCGACCUACUCGACUCGCUAUUCGCUGGCCAAGUCGACGAGGAUGUCCUCAAACUAGCACGCAUGCUACGCAAGGAACUCGACCGCGGCCUCCUAUAAUCCAACCGUCCCAAAGGUCUGUGUCCAAUUUUCCGCGGGAAUAUUCCCGAAUCGUCACUUCAGACGUCUGUGGGAGCACGUUAUCCCCACAAAUGGGGAUUUGGUUUUCUAUAAGGCGAAGUUUUUGCACUGUAGUGUAUCGUUGCGGGUGGAGAUCGCUGCGACAGGUUCUCUCUAGAUAGUUCUAUUA